GACAUGGCUAAAUCGAUUCAGUUCAACAUACUGAUCAUUUAUAUAUAUACUUUAUAGGGCCUCUGACACUUCCUUCUGGGUGUUACAAACUUCGUGACAAACUUAAUAUACCCUGUUCAGGGUAUAAAGAUAAUUUGUUAAGUCUUCUUCGCGUAGUUUUUCUUCAUCAUUUGUUUCUCAUGAGAAUUAGUACUUCAGUUAAAUAACUUUUUUGCUCUUUCCUUUUCUCGAAGCCGGUGUAAACACAUAUAUAAGCUGGAAUGGAAGAAAUUUUAACUAAAUUCGUGAAUUAAAUGUUCUAUUAUCGAACUUAAGAUCUUUUCUUGUUCUAUAGCUUUAAGUGAUUUUUCCGAUCGAUGAAUACAGAAAAGGCCUAAGCUAUUAAACUACAGAAUAUGCUUGAUGAAUUUGGUCUUCAAAGUCCUCUUUAUUGAGUUCUUUGCAAUCGAUCCGAAGUAACGGGGCUCCGCUGUUAGUUUCGAAUCUUUAUAUAGACAAUCUUAACAAUACGAUAUCCAAGAAAAAUAUGAAGUUAGUGCAAAUUAAUGAUACUACAUUAUCAGUUCAUUCCACUGCCGUAGCUCUGAGGGUUUCAUACGCCUACUUUGGGAUCAUGACGAGCUCUUGUACUUCGCUGUCUACCUAUGUAUGAAAAAAUCCACUCCGAACUAAAAUCCUACAUAAUAUUACUAAUGUAUAGAUAUAGAUAGUAUGUACAUAUGUAUCUAUAAACUUUUUCUCAGUUUAUAUAAUUAAAAGUUUCACCGCUUAAUGGAAAUUACAAAUUUUUAAUUACUGUUAUGAUUUUGAAAGCAUUGUUAUGAAUUUGAAAUUCCACUAGCAAACUACAUUAUAGAACUUUCAGGCAUGCAACGUUAUUAUUUGCCACACAAACAUCCCCGCAUGUGAAAUAGUCAAAUCCAUAUAUACAUAUAUGGAGCUGGGUGUAGUAAUUAUUACCUGAGGGCGUAGCCAAUGCAUGUAGCAUCCAUAAAUACUGCCGCAUUUCGAUUAGCAGCAUUCGUUACCACGAAUUUCAUACGUCAAAAGCGUUGCACUGCUUGCGUUGCACGGACACAAACGUUUUCGUUGCUUUGAAAUCAGUAAACCAUCGUUCGCCGUCCAGCUGUCAAGCAGAAUGCGUCGUCUAUUGGGUCCACAGGUACCCAUCGAACGCAGCUUCUUUCGCAUACCACGCUUUUCGGCUCGCAUUGCCGCUUUCUGGCCACAAACGUUCAAUCGGUCGCUUUACUGGCUAACAGCUUUGCGUUUCUGCGUGAAUACCUUUGCCGUUGCCGUCGGUGGUAUCGGAGAGACUCUCUACGGUUUCGUUUAUUUGCAUGAUCUCUUUAGCGCGCUCGAGGCUUUCUGUCCGGGUAUUACCAAGGUCAUUUCACUAUUGAAAAUGACCAUAUUCUUUGUUCGCCGCAAGCGUUGGCUACAUGUGAUAGAUGGUAUGCGGCAAUUGCUAUUGUUGGAUACCAGCGCCGAAAAACGCCGCAUCAUGGAGCCACUGGCCUCGUUCGGUUCGGUGUUGUCCUUUGUGCUGCUCAUAUCUGGCUCGGUAACGAAUACGUUUUUCAACAUUUUGCCGCUGCUGAAAAUGGGCUACUACAAGUCGCAGUCGCUGGAUGUGCCGCUGUUAUUGCCCUUCAAUGUUAUUUUGCCGGAAAUGUUCGUCAAUUGGCCAUAUUAUCCAGCCACAUACCUGGUGCUGACGCUCUCCGGCGCCAUGACCGUGUUCAGUUUUAGUGCCGUGGAUGGCUUCUUCCUCUGCGCCUGUGUGUACACGAGUGCGCUGUUUCGCAUAUUGCAACAUGACAUACGUGGCGCAUUCGCUGAAUUGCAAGAACAGGAGCACUCAACGUUGGCGCAAAAUAUGCGGAUAUAGCAUCGAUUGGCGGUGCUCAUUGAACGCCACAACAAAAUCAUCGAUCUGUGCAGCGAUUUCGCUUCGGAAUUUUCACUCAUCAUCCUGAUGCAUUUCCUUUCGGCGUCGUUGGUGUUGUGCUUCAGCAUAUUGGAUUUGAUGUUGAACUCUACCUCCAUAGGCGUGUUGACCUACAUCUUCUACAGCAUCGCCGCUUUAACUCAACUGGUUCUCUAUUGCAUAGGCGGCACUUACGUUAGCGAGAGCAGCCUAAAGGUCGCCGAGGUCAUAUAUGACAUCGACUGGUAUAAAUGUGAUGUGCGCACGCGUCGCAUGCUGUUGAUAAUGAUUUGUCGUUCGCAGAAGGCGAAAACAAUUCAGGUGCCAUUUUUUACGCCCUCGCUGCCAGCUUUUCGUUCGAUCGUCAGCACAGCUGGUUCUUAUAUAACACUGCUGAAAACGUUCCUAUGAACAUCGAAGCUGCUUAAUUCAAAUGUUUUAGAAACCCUAGGAUUACAAAUAAUGAAACACAGAAUGGUUUAAUAAAGCUAGAUAUAAAAUAAAAUAACAUAAAAUAAAUAAAAGCUAAAAACUUAAUUAAUAAAUAAAACAAAAAUGUUGAAGAAACAUCCAUCAAUUUUGCCCGACUGCUGCCAGGUUCCCAUUACGAGCCCAUAAAAGAAGGCAGUGCCGAUAUACGUUGCACGUGCCAUUCUCAACUAUUUCGGCGCCAUUACUUGCAUACCUCCAUAUACAUAUAGGUGCUGCUACCAAUCGACAUACUCACAUUAUUUACAUAUACAUAUGCUCGCAUAGUACAAAUAUCAAAGCGAAAAACAAUAACAACGCAAACGCCCAGCAAAAUUCCACCCACUAGCAUUUUUACCUACCAGACGAUCGGAGUAAACAACAAACAACAAUUUCAUUAAAAGUAAACAACACAACUAUUGUGUUAUUGCAGACAUUCCUGAGCACAACAACAAAGUAAUAAAGUCUCUCAAUAUGCAAUUGUGACAACAAUAACUUGUGUUUUCAUUUUCGCUUAUAUGCUGCUGUUUCGCUGUUACAUGCAAUGUUGGUGUUGUGAUGAGUCGAAUGACCAGUCGCACAUGAAUUUCAGCGCAGGUUACAACAAUAAAAAUAUGCAGGCAACAGCGCCAUCCACAGGGAAAUAGCAGUGACUGUUAUGUUAAGGCACUGUUGCUCUAUUACAGAGCUAUGUUAAUAACAGUGCAUCAACCUACUGCUGAUUCUGUUGGCCUAGUACUUUGCUGGGAUUCUGCUAAAGGAAAUUUCGCGCAGAUUUCAUGAAAUGACAACAGGGUGACUCAGAUGAUUAUUUUUUUUUUUUAAUUUUAUAAUUAUGGAAUGCUUGCGUGGAUUUUUGGUAAUAAAAAAUUGAUUUAUGGAAAUGGAAGGGCAAGCAAUUUAAUUUAAUUUAAAAAAAUUAAUCACAAUUUAUUAAAAUUUUUCUUUUAGAAAUGUUUUCUUUUUUUUAUCUAUUUUACAUAUAAUACUAACAACCUUAAACAAAAUAUUUUUUUUUUAUAAAAUAAAAAAUGAUUCAUGGAAAUG